CAGGGUGAGAACGUGCUACUGCGUCUGCGUCUGUACAUGUUCUGGUAGGCUUUUAUGAAGUCAAGUGUUUUCUCGGAAACAACCUGAUGUGAAACCAAAACAGCCAGAAGCUUAAGUACAACGAGAAGCUUCUUGUUUAAUUUUUGUUGCUAGUCAGACACUAGCCGCCGGACUUGAUUUAAACUCAGCCGUUCAAUUUUUACCGUUUACUUAUUUAAACUGCUGUUUUUAUUCGUUUAUUUAAACGUUUAUUCGUUUUCCGGAAUUACUAGAAUAUCGUCCCGAGUAGCGUUAGACAGCACUUUGGCCGAUGGCUGACUCGAUGUUCAUAGUGGCUAUAGACUUCGGGACGUCUUACAGCGGCUACUGCUUCUGUGUCCGCAAUAGUCUCGAUAACGUUAGAUCUGUGUUCUGGGGACAGGAGUUGGGGUUCGGGUCUCCGAAAACACCGACCUGUAUCUUAUUUGACGAGCACGAACAAUUCCAGAAGUUUGGAUAUGAAGCAAUGAUGACUUACAUCAGGUUAUCAAAGGAUGAAGCUAAAAAGUACUCUUUUUUUGAGAAUUUCAAAAUGAAGCUCUACCGCAAGACUAUCAGUAGGAAUCUGAUGAUUACUGCAGCAAAUGGGAAACCUUUAAGGGCCCUGAAGGUUUUCUCUGAGAGCCUGCGGUGCUUGAAGGACCAUGCCCUGAACACCAUCAAGGAACACACUUCUGGAAAGAAGUUCAUCUCCUCAGAUGUGACCUGGGUGCUCACUGUACCUGCUAUCUGGGACGCUGCAGCCAAGCAGUUCAUGAGAGAGGCAGCAACUCAGGCUGGUCUGGUGUCAGAAUUGAACUCUGACCAGCUGAUCCUGGCCCUGGAGCCGGAGGCGGCAUCAGUGUGGUGUAAGCAGCUGCCCAGUGAGGGCUUCGUGGCUGAGGGGAUUUCCAAAGACAAAUUGGAAGAGAGGCCUGGAAUUCAGUACAUGGUUGUUGACUGUGGGGGCGGUACCAUUGACAUCACUGUACAUGAAGUUCUAGACGGUGGAUACUUGAAGGAGCUGCACAAGGCUUCAGGAGGGGACAUGGGGGGUGAAACUGCCAAUAAGAAAUUUAAAUCCUUCCUCAGAGACAUUUUUCACUUUCAAACAUGGGACAAGUAUGUGAGAGAGCACCCAGCUGAACUGCAGAAGAUGAUGUAUGAUUUUAAUGUGCAAAAAUCUGUUGGAGAGGACAAAGACAUAUAUAUUUCGUGCCCCUAUAACUUGUCACGGUUACCUGGGGAAAAACAACUGUCCAGUUACUUUGAAAAUAUUGAGGGUAUUCUCUGGUUCGAUGGAUCCAUCAAAAUCACUUACAACAAACUACAGUCAUUCUUUGCAGAAAGUGUAGGUAGGAUUGUGAGUGAAAUUCGAGCCAUUGUUUCUACUCCAGAGAUUAGCAUAGACUACAUUCUCUUAGUUGGAGGCUAUGCUUCCUGCAAGUACCUGCAGAAAGAAAUCAGAAUGGAAUUUGGUCGAAGGUGUAAAGUUCUGUGCCCCAUAGAUGCCAAUAUGGCUGUUGCCAAGGGGGCCGUGCUGUUUGGACAUAACCCAAAGAUCGUGGCAUCACGAGUCAGUGCUCUGCAGGGGCGCCGCUAAGGGGGGGAAAGUUGGGACAAUUCUAAGGGCCCACGCCCUUUAGGGGCCCCCAGAGAUCUGAAUGGGUGUGGUAGGGGGGCCCAACCUCAUAUUUUGUCAUAGGGCCCAAAAUUGCUAGCGGCGCCCCUGGUGCUCUGACAUGAGAUUCCACUUCUACACCACAGAGAAACUAAAUUUCAUGUUUGUACAGUACUGUGUAAUUCAGCUAUGUAUGUGGCUGAACUAAAACAAUUCAGCAGAGAAGAAUAGACCAAAUGCCAAAGACAGUUCUCCUUUUACUACAAGCAUUUGAUUGCAGUUGUUGCUGCUAAAGGUGGCACAACCAACUAUUAAAUUUACUUGGGUACAAGGGUGAUAUGGGUGUUGGAAUUUUUUUUUCUUUCAGUGAAUCAAAUUGUCAUUUAAAGAAACUGCAUAUCACAUUUACUUAGGUUAUCUUUUUCUUAUCCUAAAUUUGUGUUAUGAAUAAGAAACAAAAUCAGGGAAUCCGGAAGGGGGCAAAUACUUUGUCAUGACACUGUAGAUGAACCGGGUAUGAAAAAAAAAAUUGGCUCCUUCUCAGUCCCAUUGCCAGACAUCAGAAAAGAAUAAUAGAAAUUUCAGAGAUUGAGGCCACAGCCACUCACCUUACAUCUAAUAAACAAAAUCAACCAGGCUUGGCUUUCUGGGAGAAUGAGGUGACAUUUGCUUUAGAUGAAAUUAGUACGUAAGAAUAUAACCAGAUUAUAUUGGUUUUAGGACUCUUUACUUUUGGGAAUCAAUCAUCUUAUUGACAAAAAUUGAAAAUUCUUUCCAUAUUCUUUGGAUAAUUGUGAAAUUAAUGUUUAAUUAGUUAUGUUUUUUCAGUAUUAAAAUAUGAUAAUCACAUGCAAUUUUUAAUAAUAUGUGUUUCACCAGUGGAAUACAGACCAACAUGAGUAAAUAUUGUUAAUAUUGUAUUAUUUGCCCUGUUUUGUGUGUACAGUUGACUCCACAUAACUGCAAUGGCUCGUCGUGUUUUUGUGCAAUAAACCGGAAUAUACGUUUAUCUAACGUUUAAUCACUGUACACUAAUCGCCAAAAUAAACAGUAUUGUAUAGCAUAACCAUAUUACACAAUUUGUGUAGAAUUUACAGCUGUGUCAGAAAGUCAUUUUUCAAAGGAAAACCAAUGUUUCGAAACGGUUCGAUAGGUUUCGAAACACUAGUUGUGCACAGCCUACUGGCAAGAACCGGAACUGCAGCUAUAGCAAAUACGACAGAAUAAAAACAUUGCUGCAAGUUUCGAAUGUCACGAAGCUCGAACUGUCAAAAAUGUCCAUAAUACAAUAUAGUCUCUUUUUGAGUAUUUUUAUAUUCUGUCAUAGAUAUCCUAUAUCUGCAAUUAACGUGUGAUAACUAGUACGAAUCAUAAAAACGUUACAUUAUUAAUGUCUCGUGUAUGGUCGCGAAACCUCUCUUGCACUAAUAUCAGAAGCAGAGAAAACAGAAUAGCAAUAUUAUGAACAAGUCUGCACGUCCACUUCAGCGGCCUCUAUAAUGGAGCAUAUUUAGCCACCGGCUCAUUCCACUGUGCUGUGCUAAAAAUGCUACUGGGGAUUAUCGCUCCCCGAAGCCGCCAGACAACUGGUGACCGACAUCACACUUUCUCCAGACGUUACACUCCCCAUCCAUAGCUAUAAUACGUCAGGAAACAUCCUGUCUUGUUAUAAUACAAUCCGGUGUCUUGUGUUCUAACUGUACAUAAUUUAUUUGCAGAUGAUUAUUCUCAUCUUUAAAUAUUCACAUUUGGUCUCACAUUCUGCUCCUCGAGUUUUUACAUCCAUUUGUGUACUAUGUACUUUUUAAAUCUGCUGCAGUAUGUUUACUUUGCUCGCACCAUGUGUACAGUCUUUGUACCUUGUCGGGUUGGCAUUAUCUGCAUUAUUUGCAUGUUUGUAUGCACCAGAAUUUCCCCCAGUCAAUAGUCAAUCAAAACCUAAAUUGGAUUUUAUAUCAUUUAUAUAGGAGUUUGAUGUUUCGAAACAUUUCGUAAACUCCGUAUCGAGACUGGAAGUUUCGGACGUCUUCGGAACGGAUUGAUCCUGGGUGCCAAAAUUGCCAUCUCUAGUUUUUGAGGGGAUUUUUGGUAAUGGAGUUAAUGUGUGGUUGCUGGUGUGUACUGGCUAGUUUGAACCGGGUUCGAGUAGGACAUAGUUUGGUAGACUUGUGCCUGUUUGUUUUGCUCAGUUUUUCUUUGGGGUUUUUGAUUAUUGUCAUUACACUGUUGUUGCCUGCAUGGUUUUUAAGAAAAGGAAAAUAAAACAGAAAAAUAAAACCCUUCAUUUCUGUGGGAAACCUUUGGGCCCCUCUUUCAUCAAGUAGCUGUUUCAUAGUAAGGAAGUUCUUUUGAGCUUCAUCAGUCCACUCAAAUGUGACUUCUUGAUGCAAGCAGGCAAAGAGAAACUCUAGUACUGUACCACGGUUAGGUGUGUGUUCCAUGAUAGCAUACCUAUAAAAAAGCAAAGGCUGGCAACACCUUUAAGAGAAGGGGCCUGUGAAAUGGUAUGCAAGUGUUCUGUGUCAGGUGUAAUGCUGUUUGCGGUCACCAGGUGUCCUGGGAACCUUCAGCUGGCUUAGCUGAAUGACACUCAUCCAACUGCAAACCUGCCACUUUGAGUUGCUGCUGUAACAGACAGAUAAUGUCAUCCAGGUAGUUCUGCACAUUAGACACACCCCUCAAUACUGUUGCCGUCGUCUUUUGGAAUGCUGCAGGGGCUGAUGCAAGGCUCUAGGGGAAUCUGUACCACCAGUUUGCCUUGAUAGGGGAAGGCAUCUCAACUUCUGAUGCACAGGAACAGCUGUCAGCAAAACUUUCACCUGAUGCGUGAAACCUAUGGGACGGUUGCAGGUGAGCCCGGCUGUGUGGUGAGAUACUCCACUGGUGCUGCAGAGACGGGGAAGGAGCUGAUGCAGGUGGCAGGUAUACAGUGUUACCCUUGAUGCUCAGAUAGAGAGCAGAUAUUAAAUCUCAUUCCAUAACUGAAGUCCCAAAGCCCAUGACACAGACGUUGGAUUGGCCUUUAAUGCAAUCCAUGUGAACAGUUGCUUGCAUGCAGCCCAGCAGCUUAAUUGGGGUCCGUACAUUUGUCAUCAGCUGGACAGAAAACUGAUGGAGAGGAGCUUACCCGAUAUGCUCCUCGCAGAUGCAUCAGGGUAAAACAGACACUGAGAUGCCAGUAUCCAGAGUUAAUUUCACUGUCUUUAUUGUUGUUGCUGUUUGAAUGUCCACCGUGCACUGCAUUUUCCCAGGAACAUCCAUGCUAUCCACCAUCAGGAAUAUGCACUCAGGCCUGUCAGUUUCUCUCACUGAAUUAAUUUACAGAAACUGACACACACAUGCAAA